AUGCAGCGAUUGGGCUUGCAAGAAGACAUGCAGUACGAGGGUCCUAUGUAUAAUCGUCACAUAAGUACGAUCCUUGGUGGUUGGCGUUUGCCACGUCGUGUGCACUACCACCGCGAGCUGCUGGAUGGUGAAGACGGCAAUCCAAUCUGCAUUGACUGGCUGCACUGCCGUCGAGAACCGAGUGCAUCGCCCCAAAAAGGAGCCUCUGAGUUGCCACAAGGUUUGUUAGUUGUAAUGCCUGGUGCCGGGAACACUAGCCAAACACCCUACAUUCAACGUCUUGCCCGAUUGUCCGUUUCUCGUGGCUAUGACUGCUGCAUUCUGACGUCGCGGGGCCUCGGGUCCGCUCCUCUGCAGGUGCCUCAGUUCGCUUCUAUCAACUUUACCAAGGAUCUUCGGGUGCUCCUACGUCAGCGGCUUUCAAAAGAACGUAUUUUCAAGGACUACGGCAAAGAGCUCCCUUUGUUUGUGGUAGGUUACAGUGCCGGAGGUAAUACAGUAAUCAAGUGCAUAGCAGAGGAACAGGCACUUAUCGAGCAGCUCUACCCUUCUCGGUUUCCCGUAACCGGUUGUAUUUGCAUGAAUUCACCUUACGACUUAAAAGCCUCCUCCACCGCUAUGAACAGCGGGUUCGGCCUCCUGUUUUACCAACAGGCAAUCAUAAGUGCCUUCAAAAGGGUAUUUAAAAAGCAUAGAAAGCUGAUUGAACAGGCUCUGCCAGUGAUGUCUAUCAAGGAAAGCAACAUUGACAAGCUUAUUCGAAGUUUGAAUAGUCUUGACGAUGUAGAACAACUCAUCACAGUGCCUCACUUUGGAUACAAAGAUCAGGCUCAUUAUUACAACGACGCAUAUGCUCCCAAGUGGAUCCGGCAGAUAAAAAACCUUCCUAUUGUUGCUGUUGCGUCUCGCGACGAUCCUGUUUCGGCGUACGGAGUGACAGCGGGAAACUGGCAAGAGAUAGCGGAUGCUCAGCCAAACAUCGUGUAUGUUGAAACACCUGUGGGCGGGCAUUUAAGUUAUUUACUGGGUCCCUUAGAUGAAUGGCACGAGCGACCGAGUUUUUUGAUUGAUUUCCCACUUCGUGUGAUGGACCAUUACAUUGCAUCUGCUCAAGACUCUACUUCAAAAUAG